AUGACUGGCAGCAAAAGCCAAAUGGAGGAGAAACAUACUCCAGAAAUUGCCCCAAGAGAGGGGGUCAAAAACAGGAAAAAAUUCCGCAGCUUCCACUUUUUGGAAAAAAAAAAUGAAGAAUGUAAUGUGCAUAAUAAAAGAGACAUGGAUCACAUGUUCUCAUCAAGUAUGAGUGAUUACGCUUCUUUGAAGGAUAAUCAGAAGGAAGUGAUUAACGGAAAUGUAUCCAAGUUGUAUGUACGUGAUUUGGAAAUCCCCAAUGUUAGGAUGAAAAAUAAAUUUCAGUUUGUUCAUGUGCAUGGCGCAGAAAAUGAUUCUCCCAAUGUGCGUCUUCAUGAAUCUAGUGAACGGGGUGAUGUUGCCCUCCCCCAUGAUUUAAGCGGCGCGUCCGACAGAGACAGGCAUAGCUCAAGUCAUGGUGCUAGUCAUGGUGCUAGUAAUGGCGACAGCCACAACGUGAGUAACAACACGAAUAAUAACCCCAGCAAUGGCCUAUCGGCGACGCGACCCAGUCACCACUCCGCGCAGGAUGAGGACGAAAAUGCCUCCCUGAGGGUUGAUUCUUCUCUUCCAAAUGCAUCCAGGAGAAAUGAAGAACAUGAGGAAAAUCAUUCCAGAGGCACCGCCAUUGGGCAGGAAGCGAAUGGACAAUCAUUUGACAUCGUCUCCGGAAAUAUCGGGGAGGUGGGGAACGUUACUGUGGGCAGCCGACCGAGUGAAAAUGUUACCUGCGAGAAUGCCCCUAUUGAGAAUCCCCCUAGUGAGAAUCGACUAAACGGGGGCACACCACCUCCUAAUGGAGAAAACAUCGAAACGCAGACCGCUCUUCUGACAAGCAUGGAAAAUCAGAACGGGAACGAGGCGCAAAAUGACCCAAGUCGAAGCAGAAAUUCGGCAGAAAACGCAUCGAAUGCAGAGGAGUUAGAUUAUUACGUCUUAACGAUAAGGGACUUAAGGAACACGCACGUGAAUGAAAGCGAAUACGAAAAUGAAGAAGAGCUUGAGCUAUCUUUUUAUCAGAGAUGCUUUAUCGGGAAGUUACUAGGGUAUGAGAUAAAGCCUAAUUUAGAAGAAUACAAUUUAAAUAAAGCCAUUAGGCUAAUUCUGUUCAUCUUUGUGAUGUUGGCACUUUUUAGCAUGGAAUUUGCCCUACUGUAUAAUAACCUAUUAAAAGUAAGGAUAUUGGAAAAUCAGUUCCUGUUGAUCGAAUCAAAUUACAACAGCACCUUCAUAAAUAAUUUUCUGUUUCAAUUUAAUGACAAGGAACUAAAAACGUGGCACCUAACGAAUGACAUGAUAAGGGACGAAAUAUCGAACGGGAAUUUUACACUCCACAACAACCUGUGUGAAGUGGCUAACAAGUUAAAUGUAAACUGUAACGAUUUGCUAGAAUUCUACAAAUCGAAUGAUAAAAGAAAUAAGGAAAAAAUAAUAGAAAAUUCUAUUCAUUUGUAUGAUGAACUGAGUAAGAGAAAUAUGUGCAUUUAUAGGGUAAAGGAAUCUUUGCUAAAUCCGUGUAAAGAUAUAAGCUCAAAGACGAUCACCGGAGGAAGUAAUUAUAUAUUUUUAUUUGUAUCUCAAAAGAAGCAUCUAAAAAUUAGCAAAAUCUUUUUAAUACUAACAGUUUUCUUCUUCUGCAUGCGUAUCGCCCUAAUCCUGUCUAGAAUUCUGUACGACUUUGUGUUAUUUUUGUGCUUCAAGAAUUACCGACUGUCAAUCGAGAGCAAAAGGAAGUACCUUGCCAAAUAUAUGUGGUCAGUGAGCACCAUCUUGUUUCUAGAGAUCAUCCUAGGGGAUGACUGCGUCAUUUGGUGGCUACACGAUAUCGAUCCCAUUUUUAAUUACCACUUUCAGUAUUUCUUAUGGUACAUAUCUCUGUUCUGCUUAUUGACUUAUGUACUACAUAGAGUGUUUAGGAAGUAUGCAGUAAGAAAUGACAGUAACAAUUGCUCAUCCGCUUCAUUCUCCAUGCACUAUGUUCACGAUUUUCUGUUCGGGAUUAACAUCGUUUUUGCCUGCCUCUUUAUCCUAUUAAAUAUAAGCAAAGCCACCGUUAUCACCAUUAUCCUCACCGACAUAGUGCUCUUCAUAGACAUUUUAAAUGACUCCUACUUAGAACAAAUACGACUAACCAAUUUUGAAGAGUUCCAAUCAAAUCGGCAAAGAAAGAAGAGAUUCUACAUAAUUGAAAAUAACAAAAGAAAUCGAAAGAAGUUUACUCUAGUUAGAAUAAAUGAGCACAUUUAUCAGGAAGUGACCCUGGAGAGUAACUCAGAAAAACGAGCAAACGAAAACAAAGGGGACUUCGAUACGAAUAAUAAAGGCGGACUGAAAAAAUCGUCUUCGAAAAAAAACAAAAUCUUUAAUUUGAAGAAUAUAUUUAAUAGGGGAAAUCUAAAAAACAAAAAAAUUCCAAAAAAUGCCAUCAGCAAUGGGGAAGAAGUCGAGGAGGGGAACGGUAAUAAUAGCCAGGAGGAAAACCAUAGCCAUGUUCAUGGUGACAAAUAUGACAGUAUAGACAACCCUCGUGCAUCAUCUGUGGAAUAUUGCGAAAUUUGCGAUGAGCGCUUUAAAAAUGUGGUGCUCUAUCCCUGUAUGCAUGGAGGAUUUUGCGAAACAUGCAUACGGUCCAUGAUAUUCAAUUCGCUGAAGUUGAAGGACUCCUUCCCCAAUUGUCCUCUAUGCCGAGACGCCAUCAAGAAUGUCUACAAAAUAUCUUACGAGGAUAGUCAGCAGAAGGUCCAGGCCGUCACGAUACUUACCAUCAGAGUGAAGCAAUGA